GUGCGCGCGGGCUCGGCGGAGUCGCUGCUGGCGCUGUCGCGCGCGCGCUCGGCCGCCGUGAGCACGCGCGAGGCGCCGCCCGACGCGCCGCACGCCUUCCGCCUGGCCGACGCCUCGCCGCGCGAGCUCACCUUCGCCUGGGACAUGCCCGACUCCGCCACGCACGGCACGCUGCGCCGCUUCGUGCUGCAGUACGCGCCGUCGGACGCGCCGGAGGCGGGCGCCACGGUGGUGCUGCCGCCGGAGGCGCGCUCGGCCACGGCGGCGGGGCUGGCGGCGGGCCGGCUGUACGCCGUGACGCUGCGCGCCGAGACCGGCGCCGGCGCCGGGCCCGCCGCCGCGCUGCUGCAGCGCGCGCCCAUCGCCGCGCCGCCGCCGCCGCCGCCGCACGCCACGCCGCAGGAGCUGCGCCGCACCACCACCACGGUGGUGGUGCGGUUCCGCGCCAACCUGUUCUCGGCGGCGAACGGCAACGUGACGGCCUACACGCUGGUGCUGGGCGAGGAGCCGCGCGCCGACACGCCCGCGCCGCUGCCGGCCUGGCGCGACGUGCAGCGCCUGCCCGUGUGGCCGCCCUACCAGGUGACGGAGCCGUACUACCCGUUCCGGUCGUCGGAGGUGGAGGAGUUCACGCUGGGCGCGGAGCGCUGCGAGGCGGAGGGCGCGCGCUACUGCAACGGGCCGCUCAAGCCCGCCACCAAGUACUUCGUCAAGCUGCGCGCCUUCACCGCGCCCGACAAGUUCACCGACACCAGCUACGCCGUGCUGCACACCGGUAACGUACCGCCGCACAGUGUGUUACCUAUGGAAGGGACGGCAGAAAUUAUUUAUGGUUCAAAAAGGGUUUAAAAUAAUAAAAAAAACAUAUUCUUAUAUACAUUUAUGGUGUCUAGGUGUCAUAUGAAUCCGUUUCGGAAAAACUUACAGCAUAGUCCAGUCAAUAAAGCAUUAUAGA